GUAUAGUGAGUGACCGGACGGACGGACACGACAUAGUGAUGGCCGCCACUAACGGUGCGGCCGACGGCGCCGUUGCCUUCAAAAACGGCAAUUUAGUCAGACUUUUGUUAAGAGAUUUCAUGACGUAUAAGAAGGUGGAGAUGAAGGCGGGACCCAAUUUGAAUCUAGUGUUGGGUCCGAACGGAACGGGCAAAUCAGCGCUCGUUUGCUCUAUAAUUAUCGGUUUGGGAGGCGAGCCGUCGACCACCGGUCGCUCCGGACAUUUGGGCGAAUACAUUCGUUUCGGUUGCGAUUCAGCGCUCGUCGAGAUUGAGUUAUACAACGAGACUCCGAAAGCGAAGAACUAUCUGAUCCAACGGGUAAUUCAGGCCAAACAGAGCCACUCGUCCGGUAAGACAGAGUUCACGUCACACUUCAAACUGAACGGCAAGGACUCGAACCGAACGCAUGUCCGCGAAUUCACGCGACAAUUGAACAUAAAUGUAGACAAUUUGUGUCAAUUCCUGCCUCAGGAACGGGUGGUUGAGUUCGUGAAGAUGGACCGCAAGACACUACUCGAGUGCACGGAGAAGGCGGCCGGCGAUGAGCACAUGUACGACACGCACAUACAGAUCGUGGAUCUGACCAAACAGAUCAAGAAACUCAACUCUAUUAACACGGAUCUGACGACACAGAUCUCGUCGGCGAGCGAACAACAGGCCAGAGCUGAGGAGGAGUUGCGCCGAAUCGAGGAGAGAGACAAAUACAAGGAUGAGAUCAAGUGGUUGACGAAGAAGAGGCCGUGGAUUGAGUACGAAGACAAACGCGUCGAGUAUUCGGCCGCAAAGGAUAGUGUGGUGACGAAGAAGGAAGAGAUCACUAAACUGUCGAAGUGUUUGGAACCGCUUAAGAAGGAAGUGAACGAUUCGCGAAAAGCGUACACCGAAUCCCAGACCCAAAGAACGGCUGCUUUGGCCGACAUUAAGAAAAUGGCCAAAAGUAUAGAACCGUAUAAAACGAAGAUUGAGGACACGUUUGAGAAGAUAACGGACACAAAGAAUGUGUAUUUCGAUAAAAUGAAGGCCGAAAAGCAACGCCAGAAGAAGUUAGUGACCUUACAGUCGGAUUUGCGAGAACUCGAAGAACAGUUCCAAACUGUGGACGAAGAGAAUAAAGAGAAUUUCGAUCAACAGAUACGGGAUGUGGUCAGAGAUAUGACGGCAUUGAACGAGAAUAUCUCGAAAACGGCUCAACAAAGGAUGCGUCUGAAGAACGAUUCGGAGAAAUCGGUUUCCAAUCGAAACGAAUGCGAGAAUCAGCGCAAGAAGAUUGAGGACGUGUUGGGCAAACGGCUCGACAAACUCCGCGAACUCGAUAUGAACGCCGCGCGCGCCUACGAGUGGCUCGAAAACAACAAAAGCCGAUUUAAGGGUACAAUACAUCCGCCAAUCAUGACUCAAAUCAAUAUGAUUCGCACCGAAUGGUCGAAGUAUGUCGAGUCAGCCGUCAGUCGCAACGACUUAACGGCCUUUAUAUGCGAAGACGGCGCUGAUCUCAGAGCGUUUACCGAUGCCAUCAAACAAGAGUUCAACGUUCGCGUCAAUGUUGUGUUAGCGCCCAAUCAGACGGCCGACCAAUUCGUGCCCGACUUUGACGUCCGGAAGUAUCGCGAAUACGGCAUUUUUAAGACCAUAAGCGAGAUGUUUACGGCUCCCGACAAAGUGAUGGCAUAUCUCUGCAAAGCAGCACAUCUCCAUAAGAUACCCGUCGGCGACCAGAAAACCGACCAAAAAAUUGAACAACUAAUGAAAAACUCGCCGUUUCGCCGCAUUUAUACCGACAGAACGCAAUACAUAAUCAACGUUUCGCGCUAUGACCAGCAGAAAGUGACCUCCAGUUCUGUCAUACCUGAGGCCAGGUUUUUGAAUUUGACGAUCAAUGAGAGCCAAUUGAAUGACAUAAAGCGAAAGAUUGUCGAAUUGAAUGCACAGAUAUCAGACAUUUCCCGAAAGGGCAGAGAAGUGGACCAAUCACUGGCCGAACUGAACGCCAAUUUAAAUGAUUUGAAAAAUCGGAAACAACUUCUGGAGCGUAAGAAGAAUGAGAAGCGAGUGUUGGAGGCGAAGAUUGGCGAGAAGAAGGAACAAAUACAGCGAAUGGAGAGACAGGCCAUGGAUUUGGUGGCCGCUAAGAGGAAGGCAGAGGACGCGUUGAAGAAGCUUCACGACAAUCAAUUGAUACUAAUGACUGCUUUGACCAAAAGUAUCGGCGAAUGUGUCAAAGCAAACGACACUAAAUUGAAGGCCGUUUUGUGCGAAACAUUUUCUCGUAAUAGACUCCGAAAGGCCGAGAAAGGGUUGGCCACCGCUGCCGCUCAAUUCGAUGACCUCAAGAACGAACUCAAGCGUCUCGAGGAAUCGUUGGAUCAGUUGAAACGCGUGGCCAAAGAUUUACGAAAUGCGGCCAAAGAGGCGUCAGGUUUCGAUGUGAACGACUGUUCGGCUGAAGUGCGCGAAAAGUUUGACGCUUUGCCCAACACUUUGGAAGAGAUCGACAAUCAAACGGGAACUCUGAAGCUAAGGAUGAAUAGCAUUCUGGACGCCGACGAGUCGGUCAGAGACCAGUAUAACCAAAGGCGGCGUAAUAUCGAAAAGCAUAGGCGAGAUCUCGAGGCCAGGAAAGCCGAACUUACCGCUAAGCAGACAAAGUUGGAUGAGCUUAAGAACCAGUGGCUGCCGUCUCUGGAAGAACUCAUUGACAAGAUUAACACCAAUUUUGGCAAUUUCAUGGCCCGACUCAACUGCGCCGGUGAUGUCUCCCUCUUUAAACCCAACGACGAGGAUAUGUACGACGAAUACGGGAUAUCAAUCAAAGUGAAGUUCCGUGAGACGGAACAGCUCCGGGAGUUGACAUCAUUCCAUCAAUCGGGAGGCGAACGCAGCGUUUCGACAAUGAUUUAUAUGAUAGCGAUUCAGGAGUUGACUAAAGUUCCGUUCAGAUGUGUUGAUGAGAUUAAUCAGGGAAUGGAUGAGAACAACGAGCGCUCGGUUUUCGACCUGAUUUCCGAGACUUCCGGCCGUAAUAAUAGUCAAUAUUUUUUGUUUUCGCCAAAACUGUUGAGUGAUUUGCAAUACACGGAAGAGAUGACUAUUCACGUCAUAUUCAACGGCCCGUAUAUGGAGUACGACUGGAAUCGUCUGGAAAUCGUAGAUGAAGACGAUUCCGAUGAAGACGACGAAUCAGUUGGCAUCAGAUCAUCAGUCGAUCGCUUCCGAGAAACAAUCGGUGAACGCAUACAAUGGUUGCGUCCGCACAACCGAAAGACCAAUCAUCGAUGGUCUGGAGGGCCAGUCAUGCCUAUCAACGGCAACAGUCGGGUAUAAACGCCAUAUUCAUGGGCCCUCCCGGAGCAGGAAAGGGCACUCAAUCGCAAAACGUGAAGCGAGACUUCGGUG